AUGCUCCACACUCUUUUGCUAUAAAUACCCUCACAUACAUUCCUUCACUCAUAAACAAACAUUCAAAUUUCAACAAUCAAAAACAAAUCAACAUGAAGUCUUCACAUCAUAUAUUCUUAAUCCUUUUCUUCAUUUCCUCACCCCUUUGUUACAUAAAUAUUUCCCUAGCACAAAACACCCCUCAAGACUUCCUAGAAGUACACAACCAAGCUCGAGAAGAGGUUGGUGUUGGUCCACUUCAUUGGAACAACACCCUUGAAGCCUAUGCCCAAGACUAUGCAAACAAGAGAAUGAAUGAUUGUGAGCUUGAGCACUCCAUGGGACCUUUUGGUGAGAACCUUGCUGAGGGUUAUGGUGAAAUGAAUGGCUCUGAUGCAGUGAAGUUUUGGAUAACUGAAAAGCCUGACUAUGACUACCACUCAAAUGCUUGUGUUCAUGAUGAGUGUUUGCAUUAUACUCAAAUUGUUUGGCGUGAUUCUGUUUAUCUUGGUUGUGGUAAGUCCAAAUGUGAGAAUGGUUGGGUGUUUGUGAUUUGUAGCUAUUCACCACCUGGCAAUGUUGAUGGACAACGACCUUAUUGAUGUUUCUUUCUUUUAUGUUUUUUUAAAGAAUAAAAUAACUUAGUAGCAUGCUUUGCUUGUAUUGUUUGUUUCCUCUUGUUAUGUUCUUAUUAAAUUAUAAUGUAUUUGUACCUCUUAAUUUGUAUACAUGUGUUUGAAGAAGGUUGAGAAUCAAUAUUAAAGAUCAAUUUCAUAUAUUUUCAUCUAAA